AAUCGGGUUUUCUAAAGAAUAACUUCGGUAAAAGGAAGCAGAUUCAGACUUCAAUGAGAUUAGUUUUAUAUGGAGAAUUUGUAAAUAUGCACAAGUGGGUAAACAAGCCCAUUAAGUGUAAGAAAAUUUGAAUAAAGUCACUUUAAUCAUGGACAAGUUAUGAAGGAUCAUAGCAUCAAACUCAUGAAAUAUUAAUUAGGUACACAUAUUCGAAAGAAAGAAAAUGAAUUAAGUUUCUUAUUAUGCUUACAAAUGGGUAUAGUCUCGAUACAACAUACGAAUAAAAUGCUUUUGGCAAAUUCAACUAUUUCGACAGAAUUAUGGACUAGACAGAAUGAUGCAGAUGUCUCUGAAUUCUCCCUCACUGAGAGGAUCAUACUGUGUGUCAUACAUGUGAUUGUUACAGUUUUAGGGACCAUCGGGAAUCUUAUCGUUAUCGCAAGUAUGACCACAAAGGCACAGCGUAAUAAGGCUCAGAACUACUUCAUAAUCAGUCUCAGUGUGUCGGAUCUAGCAGUGACAGCUAUAUGUGUGCCUAUUAACAUUGCCGCCAUGUGUUACAAUGGACCAGUCUUGGGAGAUAUUCUUUGUGAUAUACAGGCCUUUGUGAUUGAUACGUCAUGUUGUGUGUCGCUAUUUAGUAUCACUAUGGUAGCAAUCAAUCGUUAUGUCAGGAUUGUUCAUCCAGCGCUGUACCCCAGAUUGUAUGACACUAAAGUGUGUAAGGUUAUCGUCGUGGUUACCUGGGUGACUGCGGGUCUGCUACUAACGCCACCUUUAGCAGGCUGGGGUGACUACCAUUAUGAGCCUCGUAACUUUAGUUGCACGCUUGACUGGGUGUACGACUAUAGCUAUAGUAUUUUUGUCUCCGUAAUGGCCAUUGUGUGGGCAGAGGUCACCAUUUGUGCCUGCUAUGUAAGGAUCGUACAAGUUGUAAGAAAAAGCCACAGAACGAUCACACAUUAUGAUGGUGGGAAGUAUAACCAAUCUGUGCUUACAGAAGAUAAACGUUUAGCCUUUCAGUUACUUUUCGUGUUUCUCUUGUUCAACAUAUGCUGGGCCCCUUAUCUCAUCUUGUCUCUGUUUGUGGAACCUAAUUACAAUGUAGAUUCGUUGACGUACGCUAUUUGUAGCUUUUUGAUCAUUAUGAAUUCAGCAUGUAAUCCAUUGAUUUACUUUUUCAUGAAUCGUCGGCUCCGUCAGGCAGCCAUUAAGUUGCUGACAUGCCAUAGACGCUCUCCUGUAUUGGAGGACCAUGGCGUUGCUAUGGUGAUGCCUCACAGACACCCUAUAUUUCAUCAUACGGAUCUAGACAAUCACCUGGACAAUGUUCCAUCUCACUGUUGUGGAUCUCAUGGCAAUACAAAUCACCAUGACAAUAUCAAUCAUCAGCAAGAACUUGUUAUUCUUUCUGUUAAUGGAGCC